AAAAUAGCUUUGCUCAGGUCUCUAUCCUCCAGUUCCCCCCCCUGAUCUUCCGUCAACAGCAAACUGACUAUGCAGUAAACAGCAGCAAGCUAAAAGAAGCCUUCGGAGCAGGACAAUCCCUCCUCCCUCCUCUGAGUUUCCACACAACACCCACCUCCUCCACUUCUCCCAUCUCUCUCCGCAGGGGUGUGGAUUGCCAUCGGGACUCUUGUCAAUUAGACAGUUGCUGUGGAAAGCGGUGGAGUGAAAGAAAGAAGACAAACAGUUGUGGAGUGACAAGUGCUGUGAUUUCAGAUAUCACAUCUCAUGUAAUGAUUGGAGAGAGAACAAGAUAUUUUCCUCUGACCUGAUACACAUGAGCAAUGCUUCUGAUCGUCUCUCGUUAGUAUCAAGAAGAAGUGGAGAUGACUUUAUAUGAAAACAUUCACAGGACAGUGCGAGACCAAACAUUGCUGAGGUCCUGAUCCACACAAACUCAACACAAUGACGGCAAAAGACAGGACGUAUUUGUCUUUCCUCUUGCUGGGUCUUUUCCAGCAGAUUCAGGGCUCUCUGGUAAAAACCAAUCUUGGUCUAAAGGUGAAGCGAGGGCAGUCGGUCUCUCUGCAGGAGGAGGAUCUGCAGUUUCACAUACCCAGAGUCAAGGACGCCUGCAAGCUGGAAGUUGUGCUAAAUGAGCCCAUUACACAGCGGGUCGGCACUCUGACCCCACAGGUUUUUGACUGUCACUUUUUGGCUGACGAAGUGAAAUACACUCAUAAUGGAUGUCCGAUUUUAAAAGAAGAUACUGUUAAACUUCGUCUGUACAGAUUUACAGAGACAGAGACGUGCAGUGAGCUGUUCUCUCUCCGUGUUGAAAUCAUGGAGCCGGACUGUAAUGCGAUUAAGUUCGGAUCACAGAAUCUGGAGGUGCCAGAGUUUUAUGGCCUCUCCAAUGUUCUGGACGGCAACGUUGUGUCUUUCCACUAUGAACACAGACAUAAUAUUGAGUGCACAGUUCGGGUGACAACUUUGGAGACACAUCUACCUGUUCACGGUCAGCUAGUCACUGGAGAACCGGAGAAACCAGAGGGGCCGAGAGGGGAUGAACCAGACAGCUUUGUUUCUCUACGAAGACAGCUGGAUAAUAAAGCCAGAGCUCACUGUAAGACUGACGAGUGUCUAAAGGGUCUCAAACUGCUGAAGAUCACCAAAGUACCAUGCAAUGAUUUCCUCAUGAUGGGCAUCCGUUACCACCACACUGACCCACCAUCUCCAGACAUAGACUACAUCGCCAUUAGACUGGACCUCACAGACACCCGCAGCAGGAGCAUCAUCCAGUCGGAGCAGGCCUGGAUCCCGGUAACCAUUAAGGAUGCAAUGCCCAAUCAGCCACCCAAGCCUGCUUUUAUGUCCAUGUUCAUCUUAGAGGUGGACCAGUUCAUCCUGACUCCGGUCUCCACGGCAACGCUGGACGCGGAGGAUGAUGAGACACCCAAACAGCGGCUGGUGUUCAACAUCACUAAAGCCCCUAGUGAGGGCUUCAUCACUCACCUGUCUGACCACACCAAACCCAUCACCUCCUUCACCUGGACGGAUCUCAAUGACAUGCUGAUCAGCUACCAGCCUCCAAACUCCAGCCACACACAGCGCAGGAACUAUGAGGUGGAGUUUGAAGUGCAUGAUUUCUACUUUGAGAAAAGCCAGCCUGUGAUUGUACACGUGUCAAUCAGGACAGCUGAUACCAAUGCGCCAAGAGUAUCGUGGAACAUGGGUCUCAGUCUGUUGGAAGGUCAGUCUCGUCCAAUCACAUGGGAUCAGUUUCAGAUUGUCGACAAUGACAACCUGAAGGCUGUGAAGAUCAUCACUGUGGACGGCCUGCAGCACGGGAGACUCACGGUUAGAGGUGGAAAAGGUUUCAUGUUCACUGUGAAAGAUAUAAAGGACGGCGCAGUUCGCUACCACCACGAUGACAGCGACACGACUAAAGAUUACAUCGUCUUCCGCAUUACUGAUGGCUUGCAUCAAACCAGACACAAGUUUCCCAUCAACGUCCUGCCCAAAGACGACAGUCCGCCCUUCCUCAUUACCAACAUGGUGCUGGAGCUGUCUGAAGGCCAGACGGCUCUUCUGAGAGGAUCCGUUUUGCAAGCCUGUGAUUUGGACUCCAGUGAUGACUAUAUCAUGUUCAACAUCACCAGACCUCCACAGGCAGGAGAAAUCAUGAAGAUGCCUGGUCCUGGCAUCACAGGAUAUCCUGUGACCCGUUUUCUUCAGAAGGACGUCUUCCACUCCAUCAUCUACUAUCGGCACUCAGGCUGUGAGGAGUUCGAUGACUCUUUUGAGGUGGUGCUCUCUGACUUUCAUGACCCUCCUAAUCUCUCAGAGCCUCAGGUCAUCGUGAUUCAAAUCCAGCCCGUCCCUGAUCAGCCUCCACAGGAGGCAGCAGGUGUGACCAGGCACCUGUUUGUCAAUGAGACCGAUGUCAUCUACUUGACCAAGCAGCAGCUGCACUUUGUGGAUUUGGAGUCGCCAGAUAGUGAGCUCACGUACACCGUCACCACUCCACCUUUCUACAGCACCACCUAUGGAGGGUCUGAUGCAGGAAGGUUGUUUCUGGUUGACAGCAUCCCAAAAUUUACCAAGGACCCAAAUGCUCCAAUGCUGAGACUUUUUACUCAGCAUGCGGUCAACUACAUGAAGGUUGCUUACAUGCCCCCCAUCCUGGACAUUGGCCCGUUCCCUCAGCACAUCCAGUUUGUCCUGUCAGUGACCAAUCAGCAAGGCAGCACGACCGCUGGAAUCUGCUUCAAUAUAACGGUCCUGCCGGUGGAUAACCUGGCACCAGAGGUGCAUGUGAAGCCGCUGGCGGUGGAUGAGGGUGGAGAGAGCUGGGUGAGUGAAGAUCACAUGCGUCUAUCAGACCAGGACUCUCUACAGGACUCUCUGCACGUGGAGCUGAAGACCGGACCCCAGCAUGGCAGCAUUUACCUGGACGGCACAGCCAUGAGUCCAGGCCAGAUAUUCACAGUCAGGGAUCUGAAAAGCCUAAAAGUUAGAUAUCGCCACGACAGCUCUGAGACAGAACAUGAUGAUAUUAAAUUCAUUGCCACGGAUGGGAUAAAUAUUGCUGACUUUGUACUACGUGUCAAGGUGACGCUAGUCAACGACGAGGUGCCAGUCCUCGUGCCAGGAUUGAAGCAUGUUUUAGUCUGUGCCGAGGGACAGGAAGUGCUGAUCACCAUAGAGUACAUCUGUGCCACUGAUCCUGACAGUGACGACGGCACCCUGAUGUAUAUGAUCGCCCGACAACCAUAUCAUGGGGUAGUUCAAAGAAACGGCAUCAUUGUGGACCGCUUCAUUCAAGCGGAUAUAACUGCUGGCUUAAUCUCCUAUAGACACACAGGACAAGAGAUUGGGCUGCAGCCACGUCAUGAUGUCGUUACGUUUGUGAUCUCUGAUGGAGAAUCGGGGCCAGUUUCUUCCUGUUGCAGUGACAGAGCCACUGUAUUCAACGCACAAACACCUGAAGUACAGAACGCCCUGCCUGUCUAUGACCUUAAUAUCACCGUUUAUCCUGUGAACAACCAACCACCAUCUAUAGCUGUCGGAGAGGUGUUUAUGGUGGAUGAGGGCGGGUCAGCCUCCAUCACGGUCACUCAUCUGAGAGUCGAAGACCAAGACUCUGCUCCAGAGGACCUUAACCUCAUUCUGGCUGCUCCGCCACAGUUUGGAUACAUAGAAAACAUCCUGCCCAGUCCAGGAUUCGAAAAGAGCAACAUGGGAAUCAGUAUUGCCUCUUUCACCUACAGGGACGUGUUGAAUGGACACAUUAACUAUGUCCAGUCUAGACACCAGAGGAUGGAGCCCACCACCGACCAGCUCAUGCUGCAUGUGUCCGACGGGAAACAGCAGUCCUCUUCAGUCCCUCUCUACAUUAUCAUCCGUCCAACCAAUGACGAGAUUCCAGAAUUCCUGGCCAGAAACAUCACGGUUCGGGAGGGAGACAUGAAAGAGCUGGACUCAUCUAUAAUCAGUGCGGUGGAUCUUGAUGUUCCCAGAGAGCGUUUAAUGUUCAGCAUAGUUCAGCAGCCUCAGCACGGAUCCAUCAUGAGUGUGCCACACGGCAAUGAUGUGACACUUCACAAGCGUGGAUCUGAGAUCCCUGUGGAGCACUUCACCAUGGACGACCUCAGAAACGGCAUGACUCUGAUGUACGUGCACGAUGACUCUGAGAGUGAUCAGGAUGGAUUUAUUGUUCAGCUCUCUGACGGGAAACACCAGCUCCAGAAACACGUGCGAGUCAAAGUGCUGCCUGUCAAUGACGAGGAGCCGCAGAUUAUACGGAGCACUGGGAUUGAGAUGGAGGCUGGGGAGUCCCGGCUGAUCUCCAGUGCUGUGCUCAGCGCUCACGAUAAAGACACUCCAUCCUCCGACAUUAUCUAUGUGUUUGAGAGCAUACCGAGCCAUGGUGUCAUUCAGAUGAAGGUAGGCACAGACUGGGUGUCUGUAUCAGCAGGGAUGAACUGCUCUCAGCAGGUUUUGGAUAUGAACCUGUUACGUUACCUUCACACCGGUCAUCCUGGAGCAGCCGCUGCUGACUUCUUUGUCUUCCACCUGUUGGAUGGCAAGAACCGCUCUCCUGCACAGCACUUCCACAUCACAGUCAAAGAGCUGGAGAAAGGAGACAUAGCAUUGUUCCUGAAGCCCGUGAGGACGAGUCGCGGGGAGCGUGUGAUCCUCACCACAGACAUCUUGCUUGCUGUAGACGGCACUGACAAGCCGGAGGAGCUGCUGUACGUCAUCACUGUUCCUCCAGCACAUGGACAUGUGGAGUACAUCAAACACACCGGAGUGCAAAUCCAGUCGUUCAGUCAGCUGGACGUAGCAGCAAACCUGGUGUGUUACGUACAUGACAACAGAGCCACUUCACCUAAAGAGACCCUGCGGUUUGUGGUCAGCAAUGGCAUAUCAACUCGCAACGGGACCCUGGAGAUCCUAGUGGAGAUGACUGAUAAGGUUCUGCCCACACUAGUGUGUAACAGUGGUCUGCGGGUUCCCCAGGGCUCCAGCAUGACUUUGACCCCUGAUGCCUUAUUCCUGUCUGACCCUGACAGCCCACACACUGCCUUGAGCUACAGGGUGCUGCAGCCGCCCCAGUACGGCCAGCUGCUGUUGAAGGGGCAGCCGCUGCUCGCUGGCAGUAAUUUCACGCAGCAGAAUAUUCAGGAUUUGGAUGUUGCGUACAGACACUCUGGAGGAGCUUCUCAGAUUGAUCGCUUCAGAUUCACAGCCUCUGACAGCACGAAGAGAGGCUUCCUGCUGGACGGAAAAGUGCAAACAGAGCCCGUCUUCUUCACACUGCAAAUUGAAGCUCUAGACAGCGCCGCUCCGCAGAUAGCAGUGCUGGAAACGCUAUGGAAAGUAGAGAUACUCAAAGAUGGUCGUUAUGGGAUCUUCAUUUCCUCCAGAGAGCUCAAGGCUCAGGAUCUGAACUCAGCAGAUGCUGAUCUGAUCUAUCACAUCCUCAGAGCACCAUACUUUGGGUACCUGGAAAAUUACACCAGUGGUGAGUUUGUGAGGCAGCGUUUCUCUCAGAAGGAUCUGAACAGAAAGAAUAUUGUCUACAUCAUAAACUCUGCUCUGGACGCUUUAACUGACAGUCUGGAGUUUGCUGUUUCUGAUGCGCUGGGAAACACCGGAGCCUCUCUCAAACUGGAGUUCAGCUGGGCCAGUGUGCAGCUGACCAGGACUGAGUAUGCAAUAUGUGAGAGUCUAGGGUCAGUCUCACUGACCAUCCAGAGGAAGGGAAAUGUGCAGGACUCGUCUUAUGUGACUGUACAGGUGAAAGACCUAACGGCAUUUGCUGGAAAAGACUUUAUACCGGCUUCAUCUCUGAUUCAGUUUGACCCAGGGGUGGUCAGUCGAGUAUGGAAAGUGGAGAUUGUUCAGGACUCUUUAGAGGAAGCUGAUGAGAAAUUUGAGGUUAACUUGGUCUCUCCAGUGGGUGCAGUGCUGAAGGACAACUCAAAAGCCACCAUCUUCAUAAAGGACACAAAUGGGCAGUGCAGAGAGGGCCGGUUUAAAGCGGACACUGGUCUUCAGGGCCGAGAGGUGCAGCCGGGGCCGUACCCUCAACACGGCUCCAUCCAGGUGGAGACAUUACCUUUCUCUCAGGGCUACAUCAGAGGAGAUGGUGAUAUAAUAGUUCAAGCUCCCACUGCUACAAAAAAAAGACUCAGAGUCAUUGGGAAUGGGAAAGUGGUUCAGCCUUCUGAAACCAUUCGUCAAGGAUCUGAUGUCAUUUACAAAUAUCACGGUAUCAUGUCGAUGGCGGUGGAGGAGGACAGCGCAGACUCGGGGUCUGACAGAAAGGCUCGGGUGCAGGUGACCAGCUGGGGGCAGCAGCACCCUCCUCACGACAGGACAAAACCCCAGCACACCGUCCCGCACACGAACACCAGAGCUGCACAGCGUGUUGCGACUCAGCCGUCCUCCAAACCCUGCACUCCAGAGCUCACUGGCUUUCUGCAUUACAAUGACAGCUCGGCUCAGCUGCUCCGCUGUAACGGGGACUCCUGGAGGCCCUGGACCCCAAAUAACGAGACUGUGAAAGCACAGAAAUGUCCUCGAGGAUGGACGUAUCACAACAACUACUGUUAUAGACUGAGCGCCGAGCGCAAAGCCUCGUGGAGUGCCGCGGCGCGGGCCUGCAGAGAGAGCUACAAUGGAGACCUGGUCAGUGUUUUGUCAAAAGGAGACAUGGACUGGUUGUGGGACUUCAGUGACAGAAAACCCUUUUGGAUUGGUCUGAAUGACCGUGACAGCAAAGGCCGCUGGGAGUGGGUGGGUGGAGAGCCGGUCACUUACACCAACUGGAGGCGGAGCCCUCCUAAAAACAGGAAGAAGGGAACGAAGAAGUGUGUCCUGGUCUGGAGGAAGACGAAGUGGCAGAUACGAGACUGUAUGAAAGGAAAGGGACACCGCUAUGUGUGUCACGUUAAAAUGUGAGUUCAGUCGCAGCUGCACAGGCUUUACAUAACCAGAGGACUCGACAUCUCUACUACUUAGUGCACAUGCUAAUCAUGACGUGACUGUGCUGUACUGUGGUUUGUUGUCUGCUGAUGCACUUCAGACUCUGUCUGUUAGAGAGCAGCCACGUUAACAGCUGUUGCCAUGUUUCGAAGCCCAAGGGCGACAUGAUCACAAAACAUGUUCUCUAACUCAGAGGACUGUCAUGUUACGUGUUAUAAUGUAAAUGUAAUGUACUGUAUGCUACUCAAUGUUAUUUGUAUUAUAUAUGUAUUUAUUACUGUAUGUGCUCUGUAUGUCAUGGGAAUGGGAUCUUUUAGAUUUUGUAGCUAUGUUUAUAAUUUUUUAGUUCGCAUUAGUAGUUUUUUUUUCUAAUUAAAAAAAUAAUACUGUAUAGAUGUCACUGCAACGAUCACUACUUCAAAAUAAAAUUUUCUGACAUGACAUCUGAAACUGAUGUUCUAUCAUUUUUAUUUGUCUGCAAAUUUUUGCUAAUAAUUAUGUCAGAGAUUAAAUAUACACCCCAAAAAUAUUCUAGGCUCUCAGUUGUUGUAAAAAAAAAUCUCUCUUAACAAAUAGUUAUUUUUUAUUUUUUUAACACUACCAUACAAAAGUUUGAGUUUUUGAAAAAUUAUUAAUUUUAUUCAGCAUUAAAUUGGUCAAAAUUGGCAGUAAAGACAUUUAUAAUGUUACAAAAUAUUUCCAUUUCAAAUAAAUGCUGCACAUAAAUAUGAUCAUGGUUUCCACAGAAAUUUUAAACAGAACUGCUUCCAAAAAUAAUGAUAAUCAGAAAUGUUUCUUGAGCAGCAAAUUAACAUAUUAGAAUGAUUUCUGAAGGAUCACGUGACACUGAAGACUGGAGUAAUGAUGCUGAAAAUUCAGCUUUACAUCACAGGAAUAAAUUAUCAUUGUUUAAAAAUAUAUUAAAAUAGAAAACAGU